CAAGCCGCAGCGUCGCGGCCCUUUUUGGGAAGCCGAAGCCAUGGCGGAGGAAGCGCCAGCAGAAGGGGACUGGGGCGAUGACGCUGGGGACAACCAGGAGGCUUUAGAUGCCCAAGAUGGAGAAGGAGGUGAAGAGGGUGCAGGACCCGGCGAGGGCGAAGACCACGGCGGCGAGGCCGAAGAGCGAGAUGGCGAAGGACAGGCGAAUGACCGGGAGCCAUCGGAGAGAGGCCCAUCCGAGCCCAGAGAAGCUGAAGCACCGGCAGAAGGGGACUGGGGCGAUGACGCUGGGGACAACCAGGAGGCUUUAGAUGCCCAAGAUGGAGAAGGAGGUGAAGAGUGUGCAGCAGAUGAAGAGGGUGCGGGAGGCCGGGAAGACGCUCACGGCGAGGGCGAAGACCAAGGCGGCGAGGGCGAGGCUGAAGAGCGAGAUGGCAACGAAGGACAGGCGAAUGACCGGGAGCCAUCGGAGAGAGGCCCAUCCGAGCCCAGAGAAGCUGAAGCGCCGGCAGAAGGGGACUGGGGCGAUGACGCUGGGGACAACCUGGAGGCUUCAGAUGCCCAAGAUGGAGAAGGAGGUGAAGAGGGCGCAGCAGAUGAAGAGGGUGCGGGAGGCCGGGAAGACGCUCACGGCGAGGGCGACGACCAAGGCGGCGAGGGCGAGGCUGAAGAGCGAGAUGGCAACGAAGGACAGGCGAAUGACCGGGAGCCAUCGGAGAGAGGCCCAUCCGAGCCCAGAGAAGCUGAGCGAGAGUCCGAGAAGCCCUACGUGGAGUGCGAGGAGGACUCCCCGCCAGAUUCGCGAGAGCGAGUCAGUGCUGGGGCCUUUGCGACCUUCCACUCCAAGCAUUCCACUCUCAACGUGCUGUCUACACCAGGCAGCCGGCUGCUGAUCCCUCUCAGCGAUCGAGGCUUCCAACAUCUCGCGGCCGCGGUGCGCGCGGGCUCGGGCUUGCAAGCCGGCAGGUACUUCUUCGACGUGCGGGUGAUCGAAGUGAGACGAAGCAUCGAGUAUGGGAGCAAGCAGCGCAACGUGGCCACGGCCCUGUGCGGCUUGGGCUUCUCCAGCGCCGAGUCCUCGCUGUUCCUGGGGGAGGAUCAGGACUCCAUCGGCUUCGAUACCGAAGGCUGCUGCCUCACAGAGGGGAAGAAGCGGUGGAUCGACGGCCUGGACCGGAUCAAGAUGGAGCGGCAGCUCACGCUGGGGGUGCUGCUGAAUUUGACCCCCGAGCAUCCCAACUUCCAAACGGUGAGCUUCUUCGUGAACGGGGAGCGCGUGGGAAGGCCCCAAGCCUUGCCCGAGCAUCUGAAGAACAAGCCACUCUUUCCCACGGUGAACUUCAAGAACGUGACCCUCCAGAGCAACUUCACCGGGCUGGCGCCCUUGACGCCUCUGCCCUUCGCGUGCCGCACGCUGCAAGACGCGGCCAAAGAGGACGUGGAGCCAUUGCAGUCGGAGGUGGCCAAGAAGGAGGUGAUCGUGCCGGUGGGCUUGCCCAACGAGGGCACCUGCGCGUACCUCCAGAGCAAAAAGCCUCAGAGCUUCACGGAGCUCGGGGGCAGCCUGCAGAACUGGGCUGUCGCCAGUGGCCUCUACCCCCGCGACUCCGAGUUCGGCAUCAAGGAGCUGGACAAAGGAGAUGUGAAGCAGGCCAUGGUUGCCAUCGCCCCCAGCUUGGAGCGGGACUAUGUCCUCAUGGAGCUUCAGAAGAACCUGCUGCCCACGGAGCGCCAGAAGGUUCUCGCCAGCUUCGACGCCGGGCGGUUCAAGCGCACCGCUCUGGUGUUGAUUGGCGAGCCCCCGGAGGAGUUCAAGGCGGAGAUGAAGGAGCAGCUGUUGGAGCCGCGGCGCCUCGCGGCGGCCAGCGAGGUCAAGCGCCGCAGGAAGCCCUCCAAGUGGGACGACGGCGGAGCCGCGCAAACGGCGCCGGUGUCGCCGGAGGAGCUGGAGGCAGAGAUCAAGGAAGCUGUGGACAAGGUAGAAGUGAGCGAGCAGGAGCAGGAGAGUUGGUUCCAGAAGCUGAGCAACGACAUGGAGAACCAGGUGGCUAACACCUUCGGAGACUUCGCCAUACCGAAGGAGGAGGGCUUUGAGGAGGUGCGCUUCGAGUGGGCGCCAGGUCAUCAGUGCGAGGAGACUCUGCGGCGCUGGGUCCUCGAGCGGAAGCUCACGCAGCGCGUCCAGGACUUGAAACCGGACAACUGGUUCAGAGAUUGCCAGGAGGCCUGGCAAGAGCACCUAGCACGCUGGAAGCGCCGGCAGGAGGACUGGCGGGACCCGGCCACUCGCCAACGGCUCCAGGAUGAGGCCGUCGAGAAGCGCAAGGCUCGGGAGGUACUGCCGGUGGGGCGCCUGAAGCAGGAUGAGGCAGACGAGCCGAAGGAUUCACCGCAGAAUUGCGACGAGGCGGAUGUUUGGAAGCUGGAGGACCCGAUGGACAUCGGCACGGGGGAGCCCUUGUUCUCCAAGUUCUCCUGGGAGGAUUGGAUGCUUUUGGAACUGAGGGUCCAGCUGCAUUUGCUGGUCCAUGGCUACAAGCACUGCAUGAAGGAUCCCCAGCGCGUCUCCUUCCACGAGAGCCACACGCAGUUCUACUACGAGGCUUUCUAUAAGCGGGCGUUGAGCCUGAAGCAGUAUGGCGUGGACUCGGUCCUGGAGUUGUUGCAGAUGGUGAAGGACACCAUGGAAGUGCUGAAGAACAGCGUCCUAGACCCACAGCUCUCGGAGGACACGCCCUUGGAGAACUUCUUGCGGCUCACGGAGGACGCGCGGCGGCUGCGGCUGCGGCGCCUGGACGCCGGGGAGGACGGGCAGCUGAAAUUGGUGAGGCCGGCGCCCCGCUUCGAGGAGCGCGGCGACCGCAAGGGCGGCAAGGGCGGCUUCGACCGCCGCCCAGCUCAUGGCAGUCACACUUCCACGUCCCGCGGCCUGCCGCGCGACCGAUGGUCCGGCCCCCCCGCCCCGCGGGGCGACGCGCGGAACGAGCGCCGGGACGCGCGCUCGGACCGGGACCGGGACGCCCGGGACGCCCGGGGCCCGCGGGGCGCACCUUCGGGGUCCCGUGGGCCCGUGGAUGCGCGGCCCCCGCCGGCGCCGCCGGUGCCCCGGGGAUUCAAGCGACCCUACGAGGGCCGGGACGACCACCGCGACCGCCGGGCCUCACGCAGCCGCCCCGACACUCGCGAGGCACGCGAAGCUCGGGGCGAUGUGCGAGAGCGGGGAUCAGACAGGGACCGGGGAGCCUAUCCGCCCUACAAGUCUCAGCGUGCCCAGCCUGCUCCACCCCGCGGUGGUGGCGUUGGUGGCGGCUACGGCGGCAACUAUGGCAGUGGCUACCGGGGCCGCCCGGGCUCCAGAAACUAGGCUUUGGGAUGGGCAGGAACGCGGACGGUCUCACCGCAUAGGACAGGCCAGGCACGAUUUAGCGUAGAUUUACUUGACA